AUGGUUCGAAGACGAGGUGCAGAUGGUAGGAUUCCAGUCCGCACGUUAGACCGGGGUUCAUCUUCAUCUGCAGCUGAGCCAGCUAGAUAUCCAGGAGGGCCGUACGAUACGUCUCUUUUGGUGAAGUACGAGCAUCAUGUUGCUCGACAUUUAUGGUUCGGUGAGGAAAGAGGUCCAAAAAAAGAGUUGAAGGUUGUUGGACAUGGACUGAAGUUGACUUCUAGGGUUCCAUUGGCUCUUCCACCACAGAUGGAGAGUUGGGUAUCUAGAUCCGGUUUAUCUUCACUGCAGAGAACCAGUUUGAACAAGAUAGACACAAAUCUUGUCUCUGUAUUUGUGGAAAGAUGGCAUCUAGAGACAUCUUCAUUUCACAUGCCGUUUGGUGAAAUGAGAAUUACUUUAGAUGAUGUCGCAUGUCUACUUCACUUGCCCAUCAGGGGUAUCUUCUGGAGUCCUCAGGAUGUGACUGAAGAGGUAGCUGUUGAACUUGCUGUUGACUACCUAGGAGUGUCACGGGGUCAGGCACAAUCACAUGUUCGUAGCUGCAGGGGGUCGUAUUACAAGUUGGAGUGGUUAUACGAUUUAUUCGUACAGCAUAGAGUUGCUUCCAGCUGGGCAUAUGCGACUAGAGCAUAUCUAUUGAUGUUGGUGGGUUCCACCAUAUUUGCUGAUAAGACCUUUACACUUUGUCAUACCCCAAAAUUUGCCCAUUAAUAUUUCAAGACAUUUUUCAGGGCACUCCGACUCAUUUUUAUGACACUGAUCUUAAAGGAACAAAGGCCCAGCUCACGAGUGGCCCAAUCCAGAAAAUGGCCCAAACUGGCCUGCUCGCUAGGCGAGCAAAUCCUUCGCCUAGCGAACGUUCGCUGCACGCUCGCCUAGCGAACGUUCGCUACACGCUCGCCUAGCGAAGCUGGCAGAUAACAGAAAAUUCUGGGCUUCACUCUGAGCCCAUUAGGUCAUGAAAAAAAGGCAUUAUAAAUACCACAACUCCAGUCAGAAAAAGAGGAGGACGAAAAAGGACGAAAGGAGAACCCUAGCAAGCAAACCCUAGCGCUCACAAACGGAAAACCCUGGAGGCUAACCCUGAGAAUUCCGAGUAACCCUAAAGGAAACCCUGAAGGAAAAGCCGGCGGCAGCAAGGUCACUUCCGCUCAAUUCGAUCCGAUCGGCCAAUUCAAGGUUACAAUUCGAUUACAAACAGGUUGGCAUUGCUAUUACUACCUUAUGUUCUUAAUUUGCACAUGGUAUCAUGAUUGAAUUUAUGAAACUAUCUUAAGUUUUACAUAUGAAUUUAAGUAUGCAUGAACAUCUGAAUGUCUAACCACAUAAUCUCUGUAAUGAAUGCUAUAAGGUGUGAAGCUUGCUGCCAUUAUAUCGUUAUUAAAACCGGAAUCCGCAGCCGCUCGCUAGCACAUCGCUAAGCGAGCAUGCAACGAGUGUUCGCUAAGACUUCGCUAGGCGAAGCAGGAGCGAACGCGACAGCAGCCGACUUUUCUGUUCUGACUUUUGCCCACCUGUCAUGUUUUUAUCAUAGCCAUGCAUUGUUUAUCUGACCCUACUGCUGUUCUGGUUUCUUUUGUGGUGUAAUUCUCGAUUGCACCCUGAUUUGGUAUUCUGACAUGUUUGCUGAGUUUUGCAAAGGUUCACACAUCGCCGGGAAAGCUAGCUAGAUAGGUAUUCCACUUUAUUUGUGGGAUGCCCUUUGUGAAGUUUCACCCUAAAUUACCUAAUUAAUUUUAAUGUAUUGAUUUUAAUGUGGAGAUCCACCCUCAAUUACUUAGCUGAUUUUAAUGUAUUGAUUUUAAUGUGGAGAUUCAUCCUAAUUGCCUAAUUGAUUGUAAAAUACGGCCUUUAAAUA